AUGGGCACCAAACCCGCGAAUUAUCAUGUCGACCUUAAAUCCGAUGCCUUGCAUCACAUUGAAGAUGCUACUCCAGACUACUCUCGCAACAUAUAUGCCAAGUUUGUUCCACACCCAGAGCAUGCCCACCACAUCACGCAACCCAAGCUAAAUCUCAUAUCCAGAAUCCGCAAUCCUCUCGCCGGCAUCUCGAGAGAUGAUCUCAGAUUCCGCGUCUCAUCUUUCUGCCGGGAAUACAAUCUCGUCGAAAAACAAGACGUCUUCUUCCGCGGCGCGCUUGUAGCCCAAUCCCCGGAAGAUUACAACUCCAUUCCGGAGCUUACAGACCAAGAAAAGCAUUUCCUCUCCCGAGAAGCCACCCAUAGAUGGCACCUUCCCAAAGCAUUGUACUACACCAUUGCGCUCUGCUCGCUCGGUUCCGCCAUCCAGGGAUGGGACAACACCGGCGCCAACGGCGCUAAUCUCUCGUUCCCCAAGGAAUUUGGCAUCGAGCACAACAGCUGGCUGAUCGGGUGCAUCAAUGCCGCUCCCACACUCUUUGGCCUGCUGAGCUCAUGGGCCGCCGAUCCUGUAAACAACUUGCUCGGUCGUCGGGGGACCGUCUUUGUAACCGGCCUGUUUUGCAUAUUCCCAGUCCUGGGCCAGGGGUUUACUCGAAACUGGUGGGAGCUCCUGAUAUGCCGCCUCCUCAUGGGCUUGGGCAUGGGCAUAAAAAUCUCCACGAUACCAGUCUACACGGCUGAGGUGUCGCCGGCUUCGAUCCGAGGCGGCCUGGUCACGAGCUUCCAGAUGUGGGUUUCUUUUGGAAUGUUCAUCGGGUAUGCUACCAAUCUGAUUUUCUACAAGGUUGGGAGACUGGCCUGGCGGUUUCAACUGGCUGCUGCUUUUGCACCCGCCAUCCCCGUCGUCAUCUGCGUUUGGUGGUGCCCGGAAUCACCCCGUUGGCUAAUGAAAAAGGGCCGCUACGUCGAAUCGUUCAAGUCAUUCUGCCGCCUGCGUAACACCGAACUCCAGGCUGCGAGGGACUUGUACUAUGCACACUGCCAGGUCAUUGAGGAGCGCGACGCCUUUGCUGGCGCUUCUUUUCUCAGCCGUGUCUGGGAAUUAGUUGCCCUGCCACGGCUGCGUCGGGCUACCAUUGCCAGUGCUUGGAUCGUGAUUAGCCAGCAAUUCUCCGGAAUAAACAUUAUGGCAUUCUACAGCUCCACAAUCUUCUCGGAAGCCGGCUACUCCGUCCUUAGCAGUCUCCUGGCCUCGCUUGGUUUUGGCAUCGUACUCUUUGUAUUUGCCUUUCCUGCCGUGUACACCAUGGAUACCUAUGGUCGCAGAAACCUGCUCCUCGUCACGUUCCCCAACAUGGCGUGGUGCCUUCUGGCCGCGGGAUUGUGUUUCCUUAUGCCCACUGAUUCCAGCGCGCGCAUCCCUCUGAUCGCCUUGUUUAUUUAUGUUUUCACGGCCUUUUACGGACCCGGUAUCGGCCCGUUGCCUUCAAUCUACUUCUCGGAAUCCUUUCCCCUGUCGCAUCGUGAACUCGGUGCGGGCAUGACCAUCUGCGUCAACAACGCCGUGGGCAGCGCCUUGAGUCUCACUUUUCCGUCCCUGCUGAACAAGAUUACCCCCACGGGAGCAUUCGGCUUCUACGCGGGCCUGAAUAUCCUGGCCUUUCUGGUCAUUUUCUUUAUAGUUCCUGAAACAAAGAAACGUACCCUCGAAGAACUGGACUAUAUCUUCAGCGUUCCUACCCGAAGACAUGUUUCGUAUCAGCUUGGUACUUGGCUCCCAUGGUGGUUCAAGAGCUUGGGUUCACAUGUGAAUCCUCUAUUACUUGAUUUGUUGAGAUGCUUUGCUAAUGGCGAUAUUCUUGGUGAUGCUUACGUGCGAGAUGAGCAUAGGGUAAAGAGCCAUGGCUUCUCCUAA